GCCCAAACAAACCAAAACCACACGAAAAUCGUAGGGAACAGAAAAUUUGAAAAUCUCAUCCCUCCCCUCUAAUUUCCGAUUUUUUCUUUCUUUUUUCUGAAAACACACCACCACCACACAUGGUUUCAGAACUCACAAUGGAAAGAGAUGACUACUGCUGUCGCCGCCGCACCCGUCUUCUCUCCCGCCGUCGCCAUUCACCACCAUCGCCGCCGUACGAGCACCACCAUCCUCACUUCCCUCCCAGCCUUCCCCUCUUCCCGCGCCAUCUCCCGGCGUAGCUUGAAAGUCAGGAAUGGCGAUUCCUCUUCGGAAACUGGCGCCGGCGGAGAAGGGAGGUCGGAGGCGGACAAGAUCGUGGACGGGAUGGAAUUCGGGGAGCUGUGCAACGAGUUUGAGUGUAUAAGCAGUCCUCAGGUGGAAUCCACGGCCAGGCAGCUCGCCCGUGACAUUUUUCAGCUUCGUCAGGGAAACCGUGCCCUUGGAACUUUCGCCGCCUCGGUUACAUACAAGGUAAAUGGAUUUCAGGAUCCAGUCAGAAGUUUUACUGGUCGAGACAAGUACAAAAGGCCUCUCUGGUUCACUGAUGCCCUCCAAAACCCUACCCCGAGCGUGCAAGAAAUGGUGAUGCUUUCGACCAGCUUGCUGAGGAUCCGAUGGACAGUGAGAGGGAAGCCGAAAUCCUUCCUCGGUGCUUUGCUAGCCGGAGAGCUGAUAAUCAAAGUCAACUCCGAGUUCACUCUGAACCAGAUCAGUGGCCAGGUAAUCCAGCACCAAGAGUCCUGGGACCUAUCAGCUUCAUCACCUCCUGGACAGGCAUUCUUCUGGGCGUCUCGACGCCUUUUUGCCACCGUCGAAGCAGGGAAAGACUUGGGUGUGCUCUUCAAAGAUCUGAGCAGUCGCAUUUCAAUCCAGAAGGACAGCUCCGACGACAUCUAUCCCGACCCCUCUGGCGAUCCCACGAAAUUCUUUCAGACGGAUGACAGCUUUCAACGAGACGCAUACCAGAUCGCUCUGUUUCUAGCCGUGGUCUACCUCGUUUUCCAGUUCCUGAAGAUAACUUUGUAGAUUGUAGUCCUAUGUAUAAAGCAUAUAUUGAUACUCUUGCUCCCCUAUCCCCUGUGCACAAUACUUUCUGGUGAUGAACGGCAUGGUUUUGCAUUGCAAAACACUGACCAAAGUAUAAUACAUAAUCUUUUCAAUUUUUACAUUUCAAACCUCGACCUUAAGACAUAGGAUUGUAAUUCUGUACUCAUUUCUCCAGUAUGUGUUCAUCUCGACUACCCCUACGUUCACUUUACUACUUACCAAGACUUUAGCUCUUGAUCCGAUCAACCAUAGUGGUUUCGAGACCCUGGUAUCGUCACAAAAGAUCAAAUUACAUACCAUAGGCUCCGUAUA